AUAAGGACUUUUGAUGAAGCUGUGAGUACUUACCUUCUUAUGUCAAUAGAUACUUGACAGUGGAGGACACAAGAGACGGAUAACACACAAGAAAAUGAACUGUUACACUGUGCUGUGUUGGGCUGCUGGGGCCAUACUUCUUAAUAUAGCAGGCUCACUUUGCCAGUCAGAUGUGUGCGGCCAGGCCCCACUUAACACCAAAAUUGUUGGAGGACAGGAUGCAACUUCAGGCUCUUGGCCCUGGCAAGUAAGCGUAACCACCACCAGUGCAGGUCAUUUCUGUGGCGGGGGCCUGAUCAGUAAAAAUUGGGUUUUGUCAGCAGCUCACUGCUUUAAGAGCACUAUUACGAGUUCCAUCAUACUGUACUUUGGACGUCAAAGCAAUACGGGUUCGAACCCAAAUCAAGUGUCCAGCAGAGUGCGUCUAGUUAUCAAACAUCCUUCCUAUGACGAGUCUACAGAAAACAACGACAUAGCUCUACUCGAGCUCUCGUCCCCUGUGGAGUUCACAAAUUAUAUUUGGCCGAUUUGCCUGGCGGCUACAGGUAGCACAUUUGGUGCGGGUACUAAGAGCUGGAUCACAGGAUGGGGACUACUUAUAGCUAAUUCCAACCAACUCCCUGACAUUCUGCAGGAAGUGGAGAUACCAAUUGUGAGCGACACAGAUUGCAAAAAUGCUUAUAAAGGAGCAAGUGUUGUCACAGACAAUAUGAUAUGUGCUGGAUUAUUAAAUCAGGGAGGGAAAGAUUCAUGUCAGGGUGAUUCUGGAGGGCCAUUGGUCAGUAAGAAGGACGCCCAGUGGGUUCAGUCUGGAAUUGUGAGUUGGGGUCAAGGCUGUGCCGACCCUGGCUUUCCCGGUGUGUACGCAAAAGUGUCUCGCUACCAGGACUGGAUCACAUCUUACACAAGCAGUGACCCGCCUGGAUUUGUUCAAUUCAUCUCCAAUGACAACACCAGCGGCUCACCCGAGCGCUUCAUAUUCACUCUGUCUCUCACAUAUUCUAUUAUUCCACUCAUUUUCUCCCUCUAUCUUUUUUCUUAAACAUUGUUUGACGUACACUUGAAUUUUCAGGGUUAUUUUUGUCACUAUAUGUUUAUAUACAUUUCUUUAUUUUAGCUUGAUACAUGUAUUUAAAUGAUAAGCUAUUACAAUAGUAAAGGUCAGCAAGUUUCUGCACUAUAGAUUAAGAAUGUAUGAUGUACAUACUGUACAUCAAACUGAUAUUUGUUGGUAUGUUAGGAUAUGAAAACCCAUAGCCUUCAAAUCAGAACUGAUAUUUUUUGACAUACAGAUUGUUGACAGGGACCAAUGCAAAUGCACUGAAGCCACUUUUGUUUUACUUCAUCUCUUCAAAAUGAUCAACGUCUACAAUACAGACAUCUAGUUUGUCAAAAUGUAUUCAACUUAUUCACUUAAACAGAGUAAAUAUCAUGACUACAGAAAAAAGGAAUCAGCUUGAAACGUGUUUUAACUUUGUCUAUACUAAAUAAUCGGCUUAAAUGUUCUGCAGAACAUGGUAUCAGAUGACAUGGGCAUACAUGAUAGCAUCUAUGAAAUAUAAUGGCGUCUUCACAAAGGCGAGUUAAGGCGUCUCUGUGGCGGAUUAAAUUUCUGUGUAAAGACGCAAUGCCGCAUGAAAGCCGAUCUAAAAUAUGUCGGCUCUGACCCUCCUCAGAGCCUAGUAUCAAAGGCGACUCUGAUGCGGCUCAGGAUUAGUGUAGGCCUAAAUGAAGGUGCAUUAAAGCCGCUCUAAACUACGUCAUUGUCAUGUCAGCAGAAAGCGAGAGAGUGAAGAUGAAGCCAAAAAACACAGCGACAUUUGUUAUAGGCUAUUAAUAACAACGCAGAUUUUUCAAAUAAUUCAAACAUACAUUUUGAUGCUGAGAAAACGAGCUUUUCCAACUGAAUGAAAGCUGUGCACCUUUUGUGGACAAAAGGGGUCUGAAAUUCGCUAAAUAUAGUGGCAAAGUCACUAAAUUGUCACCGGAAUGUGCGUGACUGUGUGUGACACGGGACCUGAAUGGCAAGGAUCAGUGGCCAAUUGUGGCCAUUAAUGUUAACAUUAAGGGCUCAGCAUGCUACAUUCGAAAUCGAAAAACGACCAUCUGUGACCUGAUUUCGAACCAAAUCUGGUCCAAACGACAAUUCGUUUCACUAGUUCGCAGCAGCAAACCUUUAGACACCAAGAUUGCUUGGCUAGGUCAAAUAAUGAGUUAGGAUAUUUUAAGGGCUUCCUGCCCAUCUUGGACGCCAUCUUGAAAAUUAUACAUUUCUAGUGGUCAAACUUUGGUAAACUUUUAGUAUGUUAUUAAGGACACCUAAUACUACAAAAAAACAGCUGAGAAACCUUUUGUUAGAAUUUGUUUAGGGUUAGGUGGGUUUUUUUCAUAUAUGCAGCCGCCUAGUUUUCGAGCUACGUUUUACCCCAAAACGCAGAACGAAAGCGCAAUUUGCCUGGACUAUGCUGAGCCCUUUAUGCCGACCGACCGUCUAAUCUAACGUCUUAAACUUUGAGCGUCUAACGGUGCGGGUGACCCACGUGACGUCAACAUCUCCAAAUUAGCGGUUGUUUUAAACCAGUGUCUAUUAACACAACCAACCAAUAGGCUGCCCAGUGGCGUAUGGUGUAAGGUCUGUAUUGCCUAGCACAGGAUAUCGGGGUUCUAAUCCACCUCUCGUUGCAGACACACUUUAAUCUUAUUCUAUUACCUUUAAGAUCAUAAAGGCUUUUGUUUUCAAUGAAAUUGAUUUAACACUUAAAAUUCAUUUUUAUUCAUACAGUUUACGUUUAGGGGUUGGUGUAGGCCUUUAAUAUCUCAAUUGAGUUGCCAUCAUUUUAAUAAUUUUUAUAAAUAUAAUAAUUUACACUCUGUUAUAAUUGCAUAAUGUUUAAUACACAACAAUACUGAGGUGCAAAUAGAAACGUUAACUUAAUCCAAAGAAAAUACAGCUAUUUUAUGUUAGUGUAAAUAGCAAAUCGCUAAGAAAUACUGCUAUUUUCACUUCUACUGCUUUUUCAAUACUUUGCAUAUUGCCAUUUACAGGCCGCUGCCUGUUUUUAAACAGGUGAAGAACCACGCAGUUGUUUAAAGAUUAUACAGUACAUUGACAUUACAAGCAUUAAAUACAGAUAUUUUAUAUUUGUACAACAAUACAAUUUUCCUCCUGCUCUUAGCUAAACAAGCUUUAAGAGACAGGUGUUGUAUGCUAUUCCAAGCUGAUGUAUUAGUGAUUACCUUAAAACCUAUCACCCAUUUACUUGCAUUACUUUAUUCCAUGACAGCAGGUUCUACAGUAUUUUUAUUUUUUAAAUGUAACGUGGAACUUUCAAAGAGCAGACAUACCGUACACAUAAUACUGUUACAUAUAAUAUUAUAAUACUUUAUAAUAAUUAUAUUUUGUAUUUUGUAUUUAUAUAUUACAUUUGAUAUAUUUUUACUUGUUGUUUGGUAAUUGUAAAACAGAUGAAUUUUAUGUUGUGUGCUAUAUUGAUCCAGACAUUGUUAUAGUUUUAACUUCAACAUUUAACUCAAUUCAAAAUUUGCAUUGUUGCAAAGCAGCUUCAGAAAAAUUUAGUAAAAAUAGAUAAAAUAAGUAUAUAGCAUAGAUAUAAAGAAAAACGAGGCAGGGUCUGUUGGCAUCAUCAGUCCAUGGCAGUGCAGGGAUGAGCAUCAGUCUGGAAUGGAGCUGGCCUGCGGGCCCCGGUCCCCUCGACAGUGCAUGGAAGAACAUUUAAUACAUCAGGCUGGGUUGGAGCUGGUCUGCAGCCACAGGAGUCCCCAUGAAUCCAGGGAUGUGACAUGAGGGACAAACAAACUGGUAUUAGUGUACAGGCCAUACAACUUAAUAUAAAGGAUGAAUAGUAAAUCAAACCUAUGUUUCGUUCAGAUUAAACUAAUUAUUCUGGCAUAAAUUUAUUUGGGCAGUUAAUUAGGUAUAUGCUUAGUUUAAGAGAUAUUUUAUUCUAGACUUAAAAUGAUUGAAUGGUUCUGAAUGAGGUGCUAAUCCAUUUAAUGCCUUAUAGCGGGGCAGGCAACAACGGUCCUGGAGUGCUGCUGUGCUGCAGAUUUUAGCUCCAACCCUGGAAAAAAGUCUCCUGCCUGUGGGUUUGGUAAUCCUGAAGACACAGAUUAGCUUGUUCAGGUGUGUUUGAUUGGGGUUGGAUCUUAAAUCUUCUGUGCAGCAGCACUCCAGGACCGACUUCGCCUAUCCCUGCUUUAUAGGUCAUUAACUGGAUUUUUAACUUUACACAGACCUCAGCACGCACUGGAGCUGGGUACAUUGGAUUCAGGAACCUCCAGUGGUGCAUGGCAUAACGUCGGGUUGGAGCUGGGCAUGUUGGCACCACGUGUCCACCACAGUAUGUGUCAGGAUGAGCAGUGUCAACGAACCCCAUCAAAACACUGAAUACUGUGCAUUGCAUCACAUCUAUGUCUAUGGCUAUAUGUAGGCUGCAGCAGGUGAAUAAAUUGCACGAAAACAGUGUGAAACAGAAAAUGUUUAAAUGACAAAUUAAAUUAUUCAAUCUUCGAUCAAUCAAUGUUCAAUCUAUUUCAUAGAUUUUUUCAAAUGCACAUUCUGCCUGUCUGAAAAUGAAGACGGGUUUCAAUUGCAGAUGUGAUAUUUACUAGCACACAAACAGGCAGGAGAAAGAGGACUGGUCAAGGGCAGUGGGCAAAACAGAAACAACACAUAGGCUGAUGUGGACCAAUAGCUUCUGGAUCCAGAGAGAAAAGAAGUGCAAUGAGCGGCCAUGCUUAUGGGGCCACAGGCAGCACAUCUAAAAGAAGAAAAGAGCAGAGAGAAUGGAGUAUUUCCUUAUACACAUACUGUAUGAGCGCCAAGUAAAACAUCUGUCUACAGACACCAUUAAAACUAAAGGAAUAUUUCCUUAUCUACAUGAAUGUUAGAAGAUACCCUGCAUACUUCGGCACUUCAAUUACUGAUUCAGCUGAAAUAUUACAUUUAUAGUUUGCAGUUUUAAAAACAAAACAGAAAAUGUACUUGCCCCACAGUUAGGGUGUAACUGGAAAGGCUUAAGAAUUAUGGUGGCAGCCAUAUGGAGAAAAGGAGAGUGUAAUUCAUCUGUCCAGCAUGAACAUAAUAUUUUGAGAUCUGGAACCUUUGUCUAAACCUUCUGUCUUUAUUGGAACACUGAAAGAACAAUUCUACCACGACAAAAAAAAAAAAACAUUGUAGCUGGAUGAUUGGAGACAUCUGCUGAGCUGUCUCUCUUCUAAGUUGCUUUCAUAAGUAUUAAAAUGCAUAAGCUAUUAAGAAAAUUACUGUGGGAAUAUUUUUCAGAUAAAAGUAUGAUUUAAAUAUCAAUAUAAUCAAUAAGUGUUUUCUUUCAUUAAAUCAUUAAGCUGUGUGAUUUUGUCAUGUGCUUGCUAUCUUACUCAGUAAAAUAGUUACUGUGGCAAAUGGGGGUUGGAGCCAUAAAUU